AUGUCAUCCUCAGCAACCCCGAACCAGCAAUUACAAGCUAGCAAGCUGUAUGAUGUGUCAAAUUACACAGCUAUUGUUACAGGUGGUGGAACUGGUAUUGGUUUGAUGAUCACUCAGACCCUCAAGGCCAACGGAGCAAAAGUCUAUAUCACCGGCCGCAGAGAUGAUGCUUUAGAGAAAGUGGUUGAGAAGUAUAACGAUGGUGGAAAGGGAAGCAUUGUCGCUUUGCCACCAGCCGAUAUUUCUAAUAAAGAUGAUAUCUUGAAAAUGGUAAAAGAGGUUGAGGGAAAAGAACCAAACGGGAUCCAUUUAUUGGUCAACAACGCUGGGAUUGCAGCGGAUGAUAACACGAAGUAUUCCAAUGGAGAGCCAGAUUUCAAGUCAGCAAAAUCAAUCUCAGAGCAUUUAUGGAAAUCGGACCCAGAGUCUUGGGGAGCGACCUUCGCCACGAAUGUCACCGCUCAAUUCUUCGUCGCAACGGCAUUCCUUCCACUACUCUCGAAGACCAUCGAUACUAAGAAAGGAUUCACACCUUCAAUUAUCAACAUCACCUCUAUAUCUGGAGUGAUGAAAGGAUCCUCGAAUGGACAAUUCGCUUACGCAGCUUCCAAGGCCGCAUUCAUCCAAUUAACGAGAAUGCUAGCAACCACGCUUGUGGAGGCAAAGAUCAGAGUCAACAGCAUUGCUCCAGGUGUGUUUCCAAGUGAGAUGACAGCUGGAAAGAGUGAUGAGAAUCAGAAGAGUGAGAUGAAUUCUGAGGCUAGUAAUCCUAGUGGAAGAUAUGGUAGUGAGGAGGAUAUGGGUAACUGUGUCUUGUUUCUGGCUGGUCCAGCAAGCACUUGGUUGAAUGGCCAGAUCGUAUACCCAGAUGGAGGAAACAUUUUGAUGUCUCCAGCUUGCACUUAA